UUCAGUUCUACACUUAUUAGAUCUUCAUCUCUUUGUUCAAAAACUAACAAUUGAUAUCAAAGCAAUUCUGUUUUUGGAGGGACCGUGUCAACUGAGUGUAAACACAUGAGGGAGUGAUUUCAACCAUGGAACCCUCUAAUUUCACACCCAAAACUCCAUGCUUUAUAGGCCAAAACUACUUUGCUUGGUCUGUGAAGAUGAAGGCCUACCUAAGGGCAUUUGAUCUUUGGGAUGUUGUUGAAAAUGAUAAGGAACCUGCAGCUUUGUUGGAAAACCCAACUUGGAAUCAGAUCAAGAGGCAUACAGAAGAGUCUACAAAGAGACCAGAAGUGCAAUGUAGAGAGUGCAAGAAGGUUGGCCAUGUUGAAAGGGUCUACAAGCAACAAACAGAUCAUGUACAGCAAGCUAAAGUUGCUGAAAUUGUUGAUGAAGAUGAAAAGAAGUUGUUCAUGGCAUCAAAGGUUGAGAAGAAUUGUAUCGCUACAGUGAAUGAUAACAAGAAAGUCAUUGGUGUGAAGUGGGGUUAUAAGGUGAAACUGAAUCCCAAUGGUUCUAUAAACAAGCACAAAGCAAGGCUUGUAGUAAAGGGAUGCUCACAACUCCUAGGAGUUGAUUUUUGUGAGACAUUUGCACUGGUGGCUAGAUUUGAUACCAUUAGAUUGCUUUUGGCACUAGCAACUCAAAAAUGCUGGUUUGUAUACCAACCUCAUGUUAAAUCUACUUUCUUUAAUGGUUAUUUGAAAGAAGAAAUACAUGUGGAGCAGCCUGAUGGAUUUGUUAAAGCUGGUACUGAAAACAAAGUCUAUUUGCUCAAAAAGGCUUUGUAUGGACUUAAGCAGGCUCCUAGAGCUUGGUACAGCAUAAUAGAUGAACAUUUGCUGAAAUUGGAUUUUGUAAAGAGUCUCACUAAAGUCACUCUUUAUGUCAAAGAAGAGGGAACUGAUUUAUUAAUUUUUACAAUUUAUGUGGAUGAUUUUCUCAUCACUGGUGGCAAUGAGAUGUUGAUCCAGCAAUUCAAAGUUGAAAUGAAGGAAUUUGAAAUGAAUGACUUAGGGAAAAUGUCCUAUUUUUCUAGAAUGGAAAUCAGUCAGACUAGUCAAGGUAUAUUCCUAUGUCAGAAGAAAUAUGCUAAUGAGAUUUUGAAUCAAUUUGCAAUGGCUAAUUGCAAAACAGUUAGCACACCUAUGGUCCCUUGUGAGAAGCUAAGAAUUGAUGAUGGUGCAGCUAAAAUUGAUGCAGGAAGUUAUAAGAAGCAAGACCUGGUUGCCAAGUCAACAACAGAAGUUAAGUACGUUGCUGCUUCUCUUGUUGCAGAUCAAGCCAUGUGGUUCAGGAAACUGAUGAAUGAUUUAAAACAACCUCAGAUACAUCCCACUGAGUUGUUUUGUGAUAAUUUAUCUACUGUUGCAAUUGUUAAGAAUCAUGUUCUUCAUGGUACAACCAAGCAUAUCAAGGUCAAAUAUCAUUCUAUCAAGGAAGUGGUUAGUGAAGGUGAAGUUCAAGUUUUACAUUGUAAUUCAGAUGACCAAAUUAGGAUUGCACAAGUGCAGAUUUGAGACACUAAGAAACAAGCUUGGGAUGAGCAGCAUUAGUGUCAAGGAGUGAAAACAGCAAUGCAAGGAAUGGAUGCUGAUAGUGACACAAAUGCUAUCACGUUAUUUUAUAGUUUUUUGGUAGUUAUUUGUUUGUUUUAUGAUCAGUUUGUUUCAUUGAAUGUAGUGCAGUUAAAUUUCAGUUUUUAUCAGUUUGUUUAUCAGUUUCUUUUAUUUCCUUAUAAAAGGCAGAUUUGUUC